CACCUCAACACCACCCACAAACAUGCCCAUCAGCAGCUACGGCGAGCUCAAGCUCUUCGCCGCAAGAGAAUUCCUCCACGCCUUCCACCGACUACCCGAACCCACAACCUACACCAUCAAGCUCAUCAACAACCUUCCACACCUCCAAAUCGGCAGAUACAACUUCUGGUGGCCCAUGUACGCCGCAAUCGACCCCUCAACCGGCCGUCUAAAACUGUUAGAGUACAGCGGAAACCCCUCCACGCCAGCCCAAGUCAAACUCAACGAGCCGUUUGCCUGUCUGUGGCCGAAUCUCUUGCCUCAGCGGCUUGCUACACUCGAGAUGUCCGACGAAUUCGAGGCUUUUGCGCGGUACUGUAUCAUGACGGGCGGUUAUGAUGGGUAUAUGGAUGCAGCUACAUACAACUUUCCCAUGGCUUUUCGGAAGGCUGCGGUGGCUUAUUCUCAGGCACUGGUUGCCCAGAAUUCCGUGGGCACUACGGACAUCGCCGAUAAGAACUCGGAGGAAGAAGAGGAUGACAGCGUGCUUGUGCCACGUGCCUCGCAGAUGAAAGUUGAGGAGUUGCAGGAACUUCUUGCAAGCACUAAGAACCAGUUGAAGCAGAGUCGAGACCAGUAUCAGAUGCGGGUCAGCAUGGAUUGCGCCAAUUGUGAGAAACUGAAGGCUGCGCUGGAGGAACAGAGGACCAAGUACGGAGAGUAGAUGAAGGUUGAGGAAACCAAGCAAGAGUAGGCUGGGAGAACCUUAGGGUAGGGCU